AUGGACAUCCACACCCCGACAACCCGACAUGCCCGCAUGGGCGACUGGCACCCGGGCAUGUGCAUCCCCCAACGCAUCGUCUCUCCGAGCAUCGAGCUGGUCUCGACUCCACCCGUCAUCUCCGCGCCGAUCAUCACAGUCGAUCGGGCCAAGGGUUCGGAGAGAUCAUCCCGCUCGCUGCUGGCGUCCAUGGCUGCAAAUCACAGCGUUGCCUCGGACGCUACCUCUGUCGUCUCGGCGGAUAGCACGAGUACGAGUUCGACGACGACGCCCCGCAAAUCCGCCACACUGGGCCGACGAGUCGGGGGCUGGGUGCUUGGGAAAUGGGGCGUGGCGCCGGUAUCUUCAGACCCAAAUGCGAAUGAACAACCCGAGGAACAACCGAACGAACCAACACCUACAUCUGCAUCUGCAUCUACACCUCAACCCAUCCUUAAACCCCCACCCACCCAACCACAACCCGACUCAAACCCAUUCCGCUUCCGCUUCACAGGCGUCAAUCAAAAAGGCCCAAUACUGGGACUUAAACCACCGCCCUCGGCACCGGUCUCCAUCCACCCACAGGGUAUUGACGAGAAUCUUCUUCGGGAGUCUCUUGCUGAUGGAUGA